UCCGUAGUCGUGUCAUAUGAAUGUUUGUUGUCAGCUCGUCGUCGGUGGAGCCCGCUUCUCCUUUUAAAAGCUAACUUCUCGUGGAACUCACGAGUCCAAAGAGAUGUUAUUCAUAAACCCAACAUCUCAAUGAGCAACUAAUAAUCAUAGUGGGGACGUGACACCAAUGACAGCAAACACCUUUCGCUAAAAUACGACAGUGAUGCUUCGGUGGAUUUUUGGUGGUCGUGAUGUACAAAGCUCCGUGGAGAAAAGCGGGGUGUUGUGCAUCGGUGAGGAACAGCCCAAAAACUGCUUCACUGAGCUGCAGGUGCUGAAAGGACAUUUUGACAUUGUUCGAUUUCUGGUGCAGAUUGAUGACUUCAGAUGUGCGUCAGCAGGGGACGAUGGCCUGGUGCUGGUCUGGAAUGUGGAGACAGGCGAGCGUGAGCAGGAGCUUCGAGGUCACGCCCAGCAGAUCACCGCCAUGGCCGUCUUACGCCGUGAUGACAUCCGCAUCAUCACAGCUUCCUCGGACCGAAGCGUCAGCCUGUGGGACCCCGACACUGGCAACAGAGUACAGACCGUACUGGACCUUCAGUCGUCUGUCAAGUGUUUGCUGGUGCUGGAACGUUUGAGCGCGUGGAUCUCCGGCGGCGAGGAAUUGUGCGUGUGGAGCAAAGACUUCCGUCUUGAGUGCCUCAAAGAGCAACACAGCGAUACAGGAAUCAGCUCAUUGAUCGAGCUGCCUAAGAACUGCGUGGCCGCCGCUGUGGAUAAGAAGAUUGUCAUCUACAAACUGACAUCGUGCGGCGACGCUCUCUGCUUGGUGGAGCUACGCAGCCUUGCGGACCACCAGGAUCACAUCCGCGCCCUGAUUAACGUCAACGACGGCGUUUUUGCCAGCGGGUCCCACGCGGGCGAGCUGAUCCUCUGGGACGCGCUGGACUGCAGCGUGCUGGCCUAUCAGCACAUCCUGUGGGAGGAGCCUCAGAGCGCCGCAAACGCCCACAUCCAAGUGGGCGGGUCCAAGCCCAGCGAGAUGUCCAUUCAGCACCUCUCCUCCAAUGGAAAUUUAGUAGCGGCUGCGGUGGGCAGCGGCGUGUACGUGUUCAGCGUGGCCACCAGGGCGGCGGUGGCAUACAGGAAGCGCGCCCACGACUCGGACGUCCUGCACACGGAGCUGCUGUCUGACAGCGAGCUCAUGUCGUGCUCGGAGGACGGAAGCGUGAGGAUGUGGGAGAUUCAAGAACUGCCGUUAGCCGGGGAACCCGCCUCGCCAGGCUUCUUGGGGAUGUGGACCUUGGGACGCUCCAGCAAGCAGACGUGCGCUCCGUCCAAGAAGAUCACGGACGCGCCACCCAUGAAGUCGCUGGAGUUAACGGGCGACCUGAUCGGACACUCGGGCGCGGUCCAGAUGUUCCUGGCCUUCCCGGAGAACGGCCUGGUAACGUGUUCGGCUGACCACCAACUGAUUUUGUGGAAGAACGGCGAGAAGCAAUCGCGCCUCCGAAGCUUGGCGCUCUUCCGGAAACUGGAGGAAAACGGAGGACUGUGAAAGACUAGGCUUCGACUUGUUUUUCCCCUGACGUGCGCUGAAACAAAAGAUGCCUCGUAAAUGUAUGUGAAUAAGGUCAGAAUGUCAAGUUCUCAAGAGUUCUGAUGAUGGUUGUUGAGUGUGUUCAAGUAGCGGGCUGUGUCAUUGAACAUUGUGCGACGAACAGCUUGUAGCAAGGGCCAACGUUGAUUGUGCCAUAUUCCAUUUUCAUGAUGCCGAGAGAACAUGGAAAUGAAGAAGAAAUGCUUUAAAAGUCUGUUUUAUUCAUUUAAAGGGAACCCUGGACUUGAAAACUUUUUGUUCUGUUUUACUGCAAUAUGUUUUUAAAAACACAAAUAUUGCCAUUGACUUAAAAAUCUAUAUUUAGUACAUGUUUUGAUGUAUGGAGGGCACCAUGUUUUACGCGCGCAAUGCACGCUGGGGGUGAUUCCGCAAUUGGUGCUCGACUGGGAGAAUAGUUGUGCUAGCUAGCAAGCGAAGCUAGUAUGAUGACUGGCAUGAUUUUGCCACAUUCUGCUGCAGGUCCGAUUGUUUUGUUACAGAGCUGUGGGAUGAGUUUCCAAUAUCGUACCUGCAUCCAAUUCCAGCUCAUCAGCAGUGUCUUUAAACCGAUCCUAGGCGGCUUGCCGAGAUAUUGAUUGCUGCUAUUUGACAGUUUGUAUAUCCCUUCGUUGCUAGUUGCAUCAUUGCCUUGUUUUUUUCGUUUGUCUGCCUCUCACUGCGGUUUUCCCUUAAGGUUUUUUUUUUUAAUUGAUCCCGUCCUUACUGGCACGGACCUUUUUUUGUGUCUCCCUUUUUGCAAUCGCCUGUUUUUUUUAUAAAUCCUUUUACGCAUACCCUUUGUUAUUGUUGUGGAGGUAUGGCAGCGCUGCCCAGUGAUGUCACCGCCCAGAGUGCAUUGCGUCGUCAACAACAAUGGCGACCUACUAGUUAAACUAAUUUUAUUUAUUUAUUUAGAUUCUAUAAAAAUUAAAACAUUAAGAGGGAUUUGAAUAUUAAAUUAUUAUAACUCAUCUUUGAAGAACUACAAGUCUUCCUGUCCGUGGUUCCUUUUAAAAUGUGUUUUAAACAUUUGGCACAAAUAAAACUGGUAAACGGAAAUAUGACACUGUCAUAGCUGUACCAUAAGAAAUGUUAGCUAAGAAAAUAAUGUAUAUUCGAAAGAUGUGUUUUGUUCAGGAGCUGGGUAUUCCCGUUUUUAGGCACAUACUUGACUACAGUGUUAACCCAAAAAACGGACAAAGAACUUUGUUUUUCUCUUGUAACAAGUUCUUUAAUUAUAUUAAUGAUCAGGGGAUUAUGACACACAAUCCAGUAAGAAAAAAACCCAAAAAACAAGACAGUGAUCCUCGCUACUUCGCACAGUCAGUCGAUCGCUGAUUUUUAUUUUCAAUUAAAAAAUAAAUACGGAUGAGCUGUCCCGAUCUGAUCACGUAGUCUCACUUUCUCUCGCUGCUUUUCUUGGUCAGGCAGUGCACUAGAGUUGCUUUUUAAAGUUAACGAUGAUUGACAUACGUUAAGGUUUGAUCUUGCCAGCGAUGCUUUGAAGCCGAAACUUUAGAGCGCCACAUGCGUCAAUCAUCAUUUAGCUUGUUAAACAGUUGCUGUGGCAUCUCAUUGUGUGUAAGUGAGCAGCAGGAGUGGAUUUGAGUGGACUCACUCAAUGAAGCAUUUAAUCAAGACAAGGAUUUUUGUACAUUAUUCUUGUUUAAAAAUGAUACAGCAGGACAGUAACAUUUUAAAAACUUUUCAUGAUUAUUACAUUU